AUGUCUAAGAAAAUUAAUAAUAAUGAAUUGAUAGUGGCAAAUCUGGUCUAUACAAUACGAGAAGAAUAUUUAAAAGCAGCGCUAAAUCAAGAUUUUGGCUACGUCGACAAGCAUCAAAUGGGUGACUUUGCUGCAAAAAUGAGCAGUGAUAUUAUAAAGUUGGAAGAUGGUAUCGGAGAAAAAUUAGCAACAAGUGUCUUCUAUAUAACAGUCAGCGUUAGUUCUAUCGUCACAGCCCUCGCGCUAGGUUGGAAACUAGCCUUAUUGUGUCUGAUAUCAUUUCCUGUAACGUUUGGACUACUUGGAUUGGCAGGAUGGUUAAGUUCUAGACUCUCCACAAAAGAAGCCGAUGCAUCAGGUAAAGCAGGGGCAGUAGCUGACGAAGUUAUUUCAUCAAUUCGUACAGUAUAUGCGUUUAAUGGACAGCAAAAAGAAAUAGAAAGAUACGGAAAUCAUUUAAGAGACAUACGAAAAAUAAAUAUUAAAAAAGGCUUUUACAAUGGCUUAUCGAUGGGAAUACUAUACUUCUGUAUAUUUGGUUCCUAUGCUCUUUCCUUUUGGUUUGGAUACAAACUUACAAUAGAUGAACCAGAAAUAUAUAAUGUGGCCACCAUGCUUGCUGUGUUCGUGAAUGUCAUGACGGGGUCGGAAAAUUUCGGUAUGCUAUCGAGCCUUGUCGAGGUGUUCGGGGUUGCCUGCGGUGCUGGAGCACAGAUAUUUAAGUUGAUCGACAAUGUGCCUACCAUCAACCCGUUAUUGAACCAGGGUGAUGUUCCUAAAAAUAUCGAUGGAAAUAUUGAGUUGAAAAAUGUUAUAUUUCACUAUCCUUCAAAACCUGACAUGCCAGUUUUAAAAGGAAUAAGCCUGAGAGUAAAACGCGGGCAGUCAGUGGCGCUGGUAGGACACUCGGGAUGUGGCAAGUCAACUAUCAUACAACUAAUAUCACGGUAUUACGAUGUUGUAUCUGGAAAUGUUUGCGUGGACGAUAAUGAUGUCCGCGAGUUAUCAGUGCGGUGGUUGCGUGAUCAGAUCGGUGUCGUGGGACAAGAGCCUGUGCUGUUCAACACUACCAUCAGAGAGAACAUCCGCUAUGGUCGAGAAGACGCUAACGACACUGAGAUCGAAGUCUGCGCCAAACAAGCCAAUGCGCAUAAAUUCAUUAUGAAAUUACCUGCGGGUUAUAACACGUUGGUGGGUGAGAGAGGCGCAUCUUUGUCAGGUGGUCAAAAGCAAAGAAUUGCUAUAGCUCGAGCAUUAAUACGCAAUCCACAUAUUCUACUUCUUGAUGAAGCUACCAGCGCGCUAGAUACAGCAUCUGAAUUGAAAGUGCAGAAAGCUUUGGAUAAGGCUCAAAAAGGUCGUACAACAAUAAUAGUAGCACAUAGACUGUCAACUAUAAGGAAUGUCGAUAUGAUAUACGUAUUUAAAAGCGGAGAAAUAAUUGAAUCUGGAAACCACGAUGAAUUAAUGAAGCAAAAAGGUCACUAUUAUGAUAUGGUCACGAUACAAGCACCUCCUGAAACUGAAGAAAUCUCAGAAAAACCAAACUACAUUCGUGAGCUGUCCGUAAUGAGCGAAAAGGGUGAAGAUGAGGACAUGCAAUCAAAAUCAAUGGAAAGUAAUCAGAUCGAAGAAAUUAUUCAAGAUGUGUCCUUUUUCGAGGUUGUCAAACUUAAUUCGCCGGAAUGGAAACCUAUUAGCAUUGCUAGCACUUGUUCUUUACUAAGUGGCUUCGCUAUGCCUGUUAUCGGUGUUGUAUUUGGAGAUUUUAUAGGGGUCUUCUCGAAUUCCGAUAAGGAUGAAGUGCUAUCCGAAAUCCACAGAUUUAUAAUUAUAUUUAUGAUCGUGGGUGUCCUUUCUGGAAUUACGAACUUCAUUACGGUAUACUUUUAUGGCGUAGCUGGGGAAUAUUUGACUGAGAGGUUACGAAAACUUAUGUUUGAGAAACUUCUACGACAAGAGAUCGCUUACUACGAUGACAAGAAUAAUUCCACAGGUGCCCUUUGUGCGAGAUUAGCUGGCGAAGCUGCAGCAGUGCAGGGGGCUACGGGACAAAGGAUUGGUACAGUUUUGCAGGCAAUAGGAAGCUUAAUUCUAGCUUUAAUUCUUUCAUUGUAUUAUGAGUGGAGAGUGGGCUUAGUUGCAUGCGCUUUUGUACCUCUGAUGGCGUGUAUUGUUUAUAAAGAAGGAAGAAUGAUGAACGCUGAAUCUUUUGGAAAUGCUAAAAUCAUGGAAUCAAGUUCUAAGUUGGCUGUUGAAGCGGUAUCAAAUCUACGUACGGUUGCAUCCCUUGGCAAGGAGAACAUGUUCCUGAACAAAUAUUCUCUACUGCUACGUCCGGGUCUUAUACUCGCAAAACGGACAGCGCACUGGAGAGGAAUCGUCUUCGGCCUGUCUCGGGGCUUAUUCAACUUCAUCUAUGCAGCAGCCUUAUACUAUGGUGGAAUGCUCAUAAUAAAUGAGCAUAUUGAUUAUCCAACUAUUUUAAAAUCAGCCGACUCACUAUUAAUAGGCGCUGGGACAGCCGCACAAGCUUUUGCCUUUGCCCCGAAUUUUCAUAAAGGAAUUAAAGCUGCAGGUCGUGUAGUAGUCAUGCUCAGUUUGAAAUCUAAAAUAACCGAUCCGGCAGAACCCGUAAAAAGAUUUAAAGAAAAUGGCUCAGCAAGCCUUCAAGAAGUAUAUUUCAAAUACCCAACUCGCCCGAAUGUGGAAGUACUUAAAAACAUGGACCUCAAAAUAGAACAGGGUCAAACUAUAGCGUUGGUGGGGGCGAGUGGAUGCGGUAAGAGCACAGUCAUACAACUCCUCCAGAGGUACUACGAUCCAGAUUCAGGAAUUGUGACUCAUGAUGAUAUUCCUAUUCAAAGUCUUAGUUUAGCAGAUGCAAGAAAAACGAUAGGAAUCGUCCAACAAGAACCAAUACUCUUCGACCGUACUAUUGGUGAAAAUAUUGCAUAUGGAGACAACUCGCGUCAACCAACUAUGGAUGAAAUUAUUGAAGCCGCUAAACAAGCAAAUAUACACAACUUCAUUAUAUCAUUGCCUUUAGGUUAUAACACCAACAUCGGCUCGAAAGGUGCUCAGUUAUCUGGUGGACAAAAACAGCGCGUAGCUAUAGCCAGGGCAUUAAUAAGACGUCCAAAAAUAUUGCUACUAGACGAAGCUACCAGUGCCCUUGACACAGAGAGCGAAAAGGUGGUGCAGGAGGCGUUGUCGGCUGCAAGCGCGGGUCGCACGUGCGUGACGAUCGCGCACCGGCUGAGCACGGUCCGGGACGCGGGCCGCAUCUGCGUGAUCAGCGGCGGGCGAAUGCACGAGGCUGGCACGCACUCAGAACUCAUGCAGCUCAAAGGGCUCUACUAUAAUCUUUACAGGACUGGAAAUAGUUAGCACAACGCAAAAUAAACGUAUGUGACAUGAUCAUGGUCUAAUCCAACUCAGCGCGAGCACCAGACCUAUCCACAUCGAACUCUAUAGAGUAAUACAUACUAACUCUAUGGCGCACUUAUAGGUGGUGCUAAUUACAAUCCCAGUAACAAUGUGAAAUCAUUAUUUUCAACAAAAAGUGU